UUUUCUGGGGCCAAUGACGUGAUAGGAAUUUGCAAAAGAUUUUACAUGAAACGCCUCAUAUUCUUCUGUCAUAGAAGUAGAAAAGUGUUCUUGAAGUUUGAGACGCAUAAUCAUGUUGGAUUUGGAAGUCGUUCCUGAAAGAUCCUUGGGAAACGAGCAAUGGGAAUUUAUACUUGGAAUGCCUGUCGCACAAUGUGUGCAAAUCCUGAAGCGCCAAUGUCGCGUGAUCAAAUCGGUACAAGCGAUGUACAGCGAGGCGAACCCUCUGGCAAUGGAUCUGGUCUUAAACUUUCCCAAUGAUGGAAUUAGACUGGUCUUUGAUCCUGUUACACAGAGACUUAAGAUAAUUGAAGUUUACAGUAUGAACAAGGUCAAGUUGAAAUACUGUGGAGUACACUUCAAUUCUCCUCAAGUCCAACCAACAAUUGAACAAAUUGACAUGUCAUUCGGAGCAACACACCCAGGAGUUUAUGAUCCCACCCAUCAGCUCUUUAUUCUGAACUUCAGAGGUCUCUCCUUCUCUUUCCCAAUUGACUCAAAAUUUGAGCCAUACUACACUCAUGGAUUGGGUUCUCUCAAAUUCUCAUCUGGAUCCUCACCAGUUGUGUCACACAUGUCAAUUUACCAUGGCAACAACUUGACAGAUGCCAAGGCACCUCCUCUUCCUCUCCAGUGUUUUCAUGGCAACUGUUUUGCAGAGAGUGUUGAGAUCAUAAACCAGGAUGGUAAUGUCCUGGGUCUGAAAUGCUUCCUUGUGGCAGAAGGUCCUGGUCCUGGUAAGAUUUUAGAGCUACGACGAAGAACAUUUGAGAGGAAUGUGAUGUUUGGAGACUCAUGUCAGGAUGUUUUAAGCUCUCUGGGAUCUCCAUGUAAAGUCUUUUACAAAGCUGAAGAUAAGAUGCGGAUCCAUUCUCCUUCUCCUCACAAGCUUGCCCAGUCUAAGAGUUCAGAUUACUUUUUCAACUACUUCACUCUUGGAAUUGACAUCUUGUUUGAUGCAUACAGCCAUCUGGUGAAGAAGUUUAUUCUGCACACUAAUUUUCCUGGACAUUACAACUUCAACAUGUAUCAGCGCUGUGAAUUUAAGGUUGGAAUUCAGAGAGAUUCCAAAGUGGGACAGUGUUCAGGAUUACUUGGGAAAACCAGUGGAGGCGCCUGUGGUACUCAAUCGGUCUUCUUCCACCAACACCACCAACCCGUUUGGCUCAACUUUCUGCUACAAUCUGCAACACAUGAUUUUUGAGGUGAUGGCUAACAACCAUUUAGCAUCAGUUACAUUGUAUCCCCAUAGCAACAAGACAGAUAACCAUCUUAAAACAUAAACGUCCUUUGAAGUGGAGUGGUUGGGUGUGUGAUCACGUGACUUAGGAUGGCUGGCAAUUCACUGAAUUUCCAUAGAGAUAAAGCGUUCUCGGCUGAGACACAAUUGUCUCCUUGUACUGUUGUUUGGGAGGGGCAUUUGAUAUAUUGAUAGAGAGAGAAAUCGCGUCCAUCUGUUUCUUUUUUUUCCUCUAUGAAAACCAUUAUUGACUAUUCAGAACCCUCUUUACCCUGAUAUGAGCUUUGAGAAGUAAAAUGAGUUAAAAUUUUUUCCGUAUUGCUAUAUUCGAUUGUUUAUAUUACUUGUUUUACAAAAACAAAUUAUGAUUGUUGUUGCUUAACACUUGCAAGAAUUAUAACUAAUUUAUAGCCUUCCAUUUUGUAUAUACUGAUGUAAAUAAAACAAAGUGGAUAUUAACUGUUAAGUAACAAUGUAAUCUUGUAAAAUAAGACUAUUGUCACGGUUUCGACAAAUAAAUGAAUUUCAUGAGAUUGAAA